UGCUGAUGAUAUUCGCAAGCAUCUUGUAGAAUCGAUGAGUUGUAGGAAAGUUUGUAUGCGUGUUUACGGUAUGAUAACAUUCGACAGAAUAAAGCUCAAGUGUCGAUUUCCUCGGUACUGCACCAAAAAAUAACUUUUUUCAAUCAAUCUGCUUUCUGAUUGGUGAAUACAAAGUAGGCGUGGUUUAAAUGCGACAUUCUUAUUGGUUAAAACAAUAUUUUCUAGAGAUAGUGUGCGCGGAUGGUUUUAACUCUCAUUCUGUAUCAGAAAGAUGAACAGAGCAGCCGCAAAUUUACUUAGCUCAUUCAUGACGAAGAGCCGUCAACAAGCAAUGGAAACAUUUGUUGUAUACAAACGAAGAGGCCUUAUUAGAAGAGCUCAGAACUUGAUCGAAAACAUCGAUAACGUCGUUACUUGCAUCAACUUGGAUCGCGGACGAGAUCCUUCCUUGUUCAAGAGUAGCAUGUCGGCGCUAUCCAAACUGAACUUGUGGGAAAACGAGAUCAGAGAGGCAACGAAUGACAAAGAUAUGCCGGACAUCAUAUCGGCUGCGAGGUUUCUCUUGGAGAACCAAGGCUUGCUGAUGGAUGAAAUUGACAAUAGUGACAGAGCAAAGAGACAGUUGCUUCCGACAGAUAUCAUCGCAAUAGAUAGUGAUGAAGAAGAAGAAGAUGAUGAUGAUGAUGAUCUACCAGAUAUAAUUAGUCCGACUUUAAUGAGAACACCUACGUGUACUUUGAAGUCAAAACGUCCCGUAAAAGGCAUCAAAGGACUGCAUAGGCUGAAACCGUACUCAAGGCCUACAUCAACGGUUACAAGUGCAAGCAGCACAAGCAGUACAUUGUCAGAAACGGUUUGGGAAAAGAGAGAAAAUGAGAUGCUGGUGGCUCAUCAGAGAGAACUUUCUAAAGCUAAGCAAGAGGCAAGAGACGAACUGUUAUUAUGUAUAAUAUGUCUAUCAGCCGAGAAAGAUCACACACUAGUUCCUUGCGGACACACCUUUUGCAAAGACUGUUCACAUAAGAGUAAAGCUAAGGGAAAGUGCUUCUUUUGCAUGGCAAAAGUAAAAUCGUGUGUGAAAAUGAGGUUAACAGACUAA